AUGGCGCGUCGGGCGGGACGCGCUACACCCGCAUUGGAUGGUGCUGUACGAGUUAACGGUAUCAUGCUUCCGGAUGAUAUGUCAAAUGAACUGAAGACGCUGAACGUAAAAAUCGAGGACACCAGUUAUGAAAGCAAAGAAGCAGGAAUCAAAACGUUAGUGAUGCUUGACGAUCAAGGAGGUCAGUACAAAUAUGAGGCAAUAUUUUCCAUCUUAAUGUGGAUUGUUGGCAAGCAACUUGAACGUUGUGAAGGCGCUCUGGACACGAUUAACACGGAUAUGAAGGAAGCUGAAGAACAUCUGAAAGGAAUGGAAAAGUGUUGUGGACUUUGUGUACUUCCAUGGAACAAAGCCGACGACUUCGAGAAGAACUCCGAGUAUGCGAAAGCGUGGAAGAAAGACGACGAUGGCGGUGUGAUCUCCGAUCAGCCACGAAUCACUGUUGGCGACUCAUCUAUGGGACCACAAGGAGGAUACGUAACAAGAUGGUCUGGAAAGUACUACGCUCAAAUAAGAGGGUUGGCAAUGGGACAACGACUGGCUCCAAGCCUUGCCAUUGCAUUUAUGUCUAAGGUGGAAGCACCGGUGACUGAUCUCGGGCCGCUACUCUACUGUAGAAUCACAAACGACGCACGUGAAGAUGAAAUGGACGAGAACAUACAACAGGUGUCAACGAUGGUCGGCAAUCUACGUAAUAUGGCUAUUGAUAUGAGCACAGAAGUAUCGAAUCAGAAUAGACAACUAGAUCGCAUCCAUGACAAGGCACAAUCAAAUGAAGUUCGUGUCGAAUCGGCGAACAAAAGGGCCAAUAAACUUCUUACAAAGUGA